AUGGCGAGGAGGAAAGAGCUUGUGAACCUGCAGACGCAGGUUGCACAACAAAAUUCAAGCUUGCAACAGCAGCAGGCUGUGAUCCAGCAACUACUCGAACGGCAGAAUCUUCAAGUCCCAAAUGCGGCAAGCGGCAACGGUGAAUCCGCCCGCGAUGUUAAAGCCAAAAAUUUGGCAGACUCGAUAGAACCCUUCGCGUAUGAUCCUAAUGACAACGCAACCUUCGAGUCUUGGUACAAAAGAUACGAGACGAUUUUCACCACCGAGAUCGAAGGCUGGACAGAGCCUGAGAAGAUUCGUCUUCUGAUGAGGAAAUUCACCCGUUCAGACUACCAACGUUUCGCCGAUUCAGUCCUUCCUCGUGUUCCGACCGAUCUUACCUUACAGGAGGCAGCAAAAUUGCUCAAAUCGAUGUUCGGAUACAGUGAGACCAAGUUUUCGAUGCGCUUUAAGUGUUUCGACAUUCGCAUGGAAGAUUCGGCGACGUAUGGCGAGUACGGCGCGAGAAUCAACAAAUUAGGCGAAAAAUUCGGCGUUGCUAACUUCUCCGCUGACGACCUAAAAAACCUGCUUUUUAUCAGCGGACUCAAGGAUCCAAGACAUGCUGAUGAAGCCGCAAGAGCAGCAAUUGCCAAGCUAACAGUGUCUGAUCUCAUCAAUGAGACCCAAAACAUCAUCACACUUAAGAAGGACAAACUGGAAGUCUGCGAGGCAUCGUCCAACAUCACCGAAGUCAACGCAAUUCAAAAUUCUCGAAGAGGCAACAAGAAAAAGCAAAAUCCACCUUCAGCUGGCUCAUCUUCAUUAAACAGAGUGUCUAGCAGGAAGGCAAGCCGCCCAUGCAAGUUCUGUGGUGGUGACCACUGGGAUUGCGACUGCAGCUUCAAGGAUAAGCAGUGUUUGUCUUGUCUAGCCACGGGUCAUAAGUCCGGAUUUUGCAAGUCUGCAGCUGACGCAUUGCGAUGUGAAACCGAGAAUCUCCGCCGUAAAUUACAAAAACACGAGUCGGAAGUCAAUAAGAUUGCUAGCAAGCAGAUUGCGAAUCCAUCAAAUCGUAAGUUUAUCACUCCACGAAUCAACGGAAGCAGGGUGAGACUUCAGUUGGAUUCCGCUUCCGACAUCACAAUCAUCUCUACCGAGAAUUGGAAGAAAAUUGGCAAGCCGUCUCUCUCUGGCCCAGAUGUUACACCCGGUAGUGCUUCGGGACAUCAACGUCUGGGGAUCGUUUCCGUGCCAUAUGAGCUUCAAUGGCAAAGAAAGUACCGGGAACUGCUUCGUUACAGCUCGUCUAAAUCUCUAAGGCAUUGA